CUACAACAUAUUUUUCCUCUUCUACUCACUAUUUGAUACUAAACUUUUUAUCUAAUAAAUCCAUCCUUUUUUUGUGUUCUAAAAUGUAUUUCUAUCCUUUGGAGUAACGUUCUGAUGACCUUGUAUUGAAAAUUUUAUGAAUCACGUUGUUGUAGCGUGUUAAAUCUUUCCAGAAGAAUACCAAGCAAUUUUUUUAAAAUGAUUUAUAAAAAAUACAAUAUUACAUAAGAAUAAAUACUAUUUUUAAAUACAUCCAGACUAUUCUAAACACUCUCAAACAUUUUAAUUUUCAAACGAUAAAAUUAUACUGCUUAUCUUAAUCGAAAUUAUCAGAUAACAACUAUUAAAAUAGAGUGUAACACUCCCAAAUGAUUCAAAACAAUUUUAUAUUUUGAUACCAAGUUUUUUUUUAUAAUAAUCUAAAAAAAUGGCUAUCUCAAAAGAAGAAUUAGUACCAAAUGUAAAACGUGCAAUCGAAGAAAUUAUAUCAUCCGAAAAAAUUAUAUCACCUCCAAUGAUUGAAAUAUCUCCUGGAUGCGAGGUUGGUGAUGGUUUUGCCUCAAAAACGCUUGCUGUUGAUAUUAAAGGUUUGGAUAAAACGAUAAAUUUGUUUGUGAAAUAUUUUCCGGAAGACGACCAAAACCCUUUGAUUAAAGUUUUUGCAAUGGUUUUUAAUACAGAGUUUAGAUUUUACGAUAAAAUUUUUCCCGAAAUGAUUAAAUUUCAACAAGAAAAAGGAUUAACGGAACAAGAAAUGUUCCAAAACGUUCCUAAACAUCUAAAAACUUUAAUUGAAUAUAAUGGGAUCCCACCGAUUAUUUUAGAGAAUUUAAGACCCAUCGGUUAUAAAUUAAGAAAUUUUAAAUCUUCAAUCGAUGAAGAUCAUUUAACGUUAUCGUUGAAAGCUUACGCUCAAUAUCACGCUAUAUCUUUCGCGAUGAAAGAUCAAAGAUCUGAGUUAUUUAAGAAACUUUCAGUAGAUAUUAAAGAUUUUCAUGUUGCUGCUUUUAAUGUUAUGCGUUUAGCAGACUCUCUUGGUGGAAUGAUAGAUUCAUUUUUAAGCAAUUUGGAUCCAGUGUUAGAUAGAAAAUUACUUAACGAAUGUCGUAAUUUAAAAGAAGUUUUAAUUCAUAAUGUUGCUAAUCUGAAUAAGCUUGUUGAUGAUUACGCUGUGAUAUGCCAAGGAGAUUGUUGGUCUAAUAAUAUGAUGUAUCUUUAUGAUGAAACCACCGGAAAACCUAUCGAUGUAAAAUUAGUAGAUUGGCAAAUUCAACGAUAUAAUUCUCCGGUUUUGGAUGUUUCUUAUUUCUUUUACUCAGUGGCCACGAUAGAAACGUUGAAAAAUUUCGAUAAAUAUUUUAAUUUUUAUUACAACACACUGGCUGAAUUCUUGAAGCGAUUAGGAAGUGAUCCAAGAAAAUUGUAUCCAAAAGUGGUUUAUUUGAAUCAUUGGAAAAAAUUUUCCAAGUUUGGUUUGACCAUGUGCUUUGUUGCCUUUAUGGUUGAAUACGCAAAGAAGGAUAAUUUACCGGAUUUUAUCGAUGGAAAAGGCCAAGAAAUGCCUGAAUUUGCUGUUGAACUUGAUGAAAAAGAUAUGUAUCAAAAGAGAUUGAAGUUGCUGGUUGAACAUUUUGUUGAACGCGAUUUUUUAUAGUUUUAAAUUAAAGUUGAUAUAAAAAUUGUGAU